UUACAGUAUCAUUAGGACACGAAGGAGGUGGAGGAUAAUCCCACUUUAUCGAGCAUUUUCAUUGCCGAAAAAUCCACACUCCGUCGUCCUUCCUACCUAGUAUUGUGACAAACAAAGAAUCCAAAGAAUCUGACAUCCGAUUUCAACACCCUCUGUAGCUCUGUCCGCGAAUAGCAUUCCCGCCGCCAUUCUGUACUCCCAACUCUCAAGGUAGUUCUUUCCAACUCUCAAGGUUCCGAUCGUUGUCAAAACUGGUAAUCUGAACUGGGUCGCUUCGAUCGAUUGAUCGAUUGAUGUUUCAGGGCAGACCCAUUGUUGGCGAAGGGAGAGAGAGGUAUUCUAGAGCUUGCAAGGCAUUAGGUUUUGGGCUACUGGUUCACGGAGUCCAUGCUUGCCAGUCCCUCUCUGUAUCCCCCUUCACUAUUGUUCUCCUGUUGCCACCAUAGUUACAUUAUUGACGGAAAUGCUUAGGUGACUUGGGCUUUGUUGACGAGAUUGGAGCACUAGGUGAAGGUUUUCAUUUGACCAAUAUAGGUUGACGCUGCUAGUAUGGGUGCUGUUUGCUGUUGUUUGCAUGAGGAUUGCGAAGAUUAUGUCAAUCUAAACAGUUCAGUUUAUAGGAACUGUGUAUGCUUUCAUUGCUUUGUUCAGAACAUCAUGCGUGUGUAUACAUCAUUAUUUCGAAGAGGGGAAGAACAAGCUGUUUCUUCAACCAUUCAGGGGAGUGGUUCUUUAAUCUCCACAACCCCUGUGGACGACUCUGUUUGUGAUAUGUAUCGUCCUCCUCCAAGGCCCUUGCCUUAUAAUGUUGAUCCACGAUAUUCCCACUUGCAACGGGAUGGACUGGUCUCAAGAAGGGAGAAAGGUUCAAGUCAUUCACACGAGGAAACUGAACCACUUAGAAGUGAGGCCGAUGGAGAUUCAGAAUCCUUGAGUAGUGGAGACAAAUGGAAUGAGUCGACAUGUGAAGAAGGAUUAAAAGAAUCCCAUACCAAGUCCUCAAUCAAGCUCUUAACAGAGAAACCAGCGACUGGAUUUGCACAUAUUUAUUCUUCUCCCGAAGAUGAAGAUGUCUGUCCAACUUGCCUUGAAGAAUAUACUGUGGAAAACCCCAAGAUAAUGAUGAAAUGCUCUCAUCAUUUCCACCUGGUUUGCAUAUACGAGUGGAUGGAGAGAAGUGAAAGCUGUCCAGUUUGUGGCAAGCUUUUGUUGUUUUUUCUAGGUGAUGGUAUUCGAUGAAAGCACAUGAUGUCACGUUUAAGGUUCAUGUUUUGGAUGAAACCAGCACGCACUCACCACAAAAGAAGAAAAGACGAGCAAACAAACAGGAUGGGAGACUAAAAGAUUGGAAACAGAACUUUGUCAUUGUGAAUACCUCAGUGUUUAUCAUAUGGAAAGAAUGUAAAAAACUAAUGUUCAGCUAAUCUUUAUUCGAAUCCUUUGUUUUACUCCAUUCUUCUUUUCCUGCAUUUCGCUCGGAAAAGAAACACGGCUGCAGUUUGAUUCUCUGUAGUGUGAAAUGCUGCUUGUUAUGCCGUCUCUGAUUUGUGCACUGGUGGUUUGUGAUUCUCCUGUAUGUAUGUUGUACAUGACUCGCCCAACGAUUUGAUGUGGAUGUUUAUAAAUGGGAUUUGGUUCCUUUUCA